GAAUCCAAACAGUAGAAAGAGCGUAGGGUGUAUGAUACAAGUUGGAAGUGGAUACAUAGAGAGAGUGAGAGCGUUAGGGUGAGAAAGUGUAGAGAGAGACGAAGAAAUGGGAGACGCAGUGACGGAGUUGAGUAGCUCGAAGAUGUUUGGCGGUUACAAUAAGAGAUACAAACAUUACAGCAAUACCCUUGGUUGUUCAAUGAACUUCCACAUUUACUUUCCUCCUUCUCCUUCUCCUUCUCCUUCUGACUCUCUUGAUUCUAAGAACAAAGUACUAUUCCCUGUUCUCUAUUGGCUCUCUGGUCUCACUUGCACCGACGAGAAUUUCAUUUUCAAGUCAGGUGCUCAACGCGCCGCUUCCCAACAAGGCGUUGCAUUGAUCGUCCCCGACACUUCUCCAAGAGGCUUGAAUAUUGAUGGAGAAGCCGAUUCUUGGGACUUUGGUCUAGGUGCAGGAUUUUAUCUCAAUGCUACACAAGAGAAAUGGAAGAAUUGGCGUAUGUAUGAUUAUGUUGUCAAGGAAUUGCCAAAACUUCUAAGUGAUAACUUUCCACAGCUUGACACAUCAAAAGCUUCUAUAUUUGGCCAUUCUAUGGGUGGGCAUGGUGCACUAACUAUCUACCUGAAAAAUCUGGAUAAAUACAAGUCAGUUUCGGCCUUCGCACCAAUAGCAAAUCCUACAAAUUGUCCUUGGGGACAGAAGGCAUUCACUAAUUAUCUAUGUGGCAAUAAAUCUGAUUGGGAGGAAUACGACGCCACACAUUUGGUAAAGAAGUAUCCCAAUGUAUCUACCACUAUUUUGAUUGAUCAGGGGGAAGAUGACAAAUUUCUGUCUGAUCAACUGCUGCCUCACAAAUUCGAAGAGGCAUGCAAGAAUGGCAAUGUUCCGUUGUCGUUACGAUUUCAACCUGGUUAUGAUCACUCCUACAAUUUUAUUGCCACCUUCAUUGAUGAUCACAUCCAGCAUCAUGCUCAAGCUCUUAGGCUUAAUUAAGUUGUGUGCACUCUGAUGAUCUAGAACUGUUCUGUUACACUUUAGAGUCUACUCAUGAUUCUAUUGCGAGUUGUGAUACUAUGGUUUGUAUUUGACUAUGGUUUGGAACUUUUUUCGUGUUUUCAUGCCAGUUCAAAAAUAAUGCUAUGUCUAUGAAAUGUACAAGAUCAUUUUUGCACGUACGAAAUAGAAAAAAACUUCUCAUAA